UAUACCUACCAUGCCAAGCCUGGCUGUUCUGAGCCUCAGCCUGGCUGCUCUCCUGGGCCUUGGGAUGGGAGCCUCCUUGUGCCUGUCACAGCAAUUCAAGGCACAAGGGGACUACAUACUGGGUGGGCUAUUUCCCCUGGGCUCAACUGAGCAGGACACUCUCUACCAGAGAACACGACCCAAUGGCAUCCUGUGCACCAGGUUCUCACCCCUUGGUCUGUUCCUGGUCAUGGCUAUGAAGAUGGCUGUGGAGGAGAUCAACAAUGGAUCUGCCUUGCUCCCUGGGCUGCGCCUGGGCUAUGACUUAUUUGACACAUGCUCAGAGCCGGUGGUCACCAUGAAGCCCAGUCUCAUGUUCCUGGCAAAGGUGGGCAGUCAAAGCAUUGCUGCCUACUGCAACUACACACAGUACCAGCCCCGUGUGCUGGCUGUCAUUGGGCCCCACUCAUCAGAGCUUGCCCUAAUUACAGGCAAGUUCUUCAGCUUCUUCCUCAUGCCACAGGUCAGCUAUAGCGCCACCAUGGAUCGGCUAAGUGACCGGGAAACAUUUCCAUCCUUCUUCCGCACAGUGCCCAGUGACCGGGUGCAGCUGGAGGCUGUUGUGGCUCUGUUGCAGAAUUUCAGCUGGAACUGGGUAGCUGCCCUAGGUAGUGAUGAUGACUAUGGCCGGGAAGGUCUGAGCAUCUUUUCUGGCCUGGCCAAUGCACGAGGUAUCUGCAUUGCACAUGAGGGCCUGGUGCCACUGCAUGGCACCAGUAGCCAACAGCUUGGCAAGGUGGUGGACGUGUUACACCAAGUGAACCAAAGCAAAGUGCAAGUGGUGGUGCUGUUUGCCUCCUCCCGUGCUGUCUACUCCCUUUUUAACUAUAGCAUCCAUCAUGGCCUCUCACCCAAGGUAUGGGUGGCUAGUGAAUCCUGGCUGACCUCUGACCUGGUCAUGACACUACCCAAUGUUGCCCGUGUAGGCACUGUGCUUGGGUUUCUGCAGCGAGGUGCCCUGCUGCCUGAAUUCUCCCAUUAUGUGGAGACCCGCCUUGCCCUGGCUGCUGACCCAACAUUCUGUGCCUCACUGAAUGCUGAGUUGGACCUGGAAGAACAAGUGAUGGGGCAACGCUGUCCACAGUGUGACAACAUCAUGCUGCAGAAUCUGUCAUCUGGACUGAUGCAGAACCUAUCAGCUGGGCAGUUGCACCACCAGAUUUUUGCAACCUAUGCAGCUGUGUACAGUGUGGCCCAGGCUCUUCACAACACCCUACAGUGCAAUGUCUCAAGUUGCCCCACAGCAGAGCCUGUUCAAUCCUGGCAGCUCCUGGAGAACAUGUACAACAUGAGUUUCCAUGCUCGAGACUUGACACUGCAGUUUGAUGCUAAAGGGAAUGUAGACAUGGAGUAUGACCUGAAGAUGUGGGUGUGGCACAGCUCUACACCUGCAUUACAUACUGUGGGCACUUUCAACGGCACUCUUCAGCUGCAGCACUCCAAGAUGUACUGGCCAGGGAACCAGGUGCCAGUGUCCCAGUGCUCCAGGCAGUGCAAAGAUGGCCAGGUGCGCAGAGUAAAGGGCUUCCAUUCCUGCUGCUAUGACUGUGUGGACUGCAAGGCAGGCAGCUACCGGAAGCAUCCAGAUGAUUUCACCUGUACUCCAUGUAACCAUGACCAGUGGUCCCCAGAGAAAAGCACAAGCUGCUUGCCUCGCAGGCCUAAGUUCCUGGCCUGGGGAGAACCAGCUGUGCUCUCACUACUCCUGCUGCUUUGCCUGGUGCUAGGCCUAGCCCUGGCCUCCCUGGGGCUCUUUGUCCAUCACUGGGACAGCCCUCUUGUUCAGGCCUCAGGUGGGUCACUGUUCUGCUUUGGCCUGGUCUGCCUAGGCCUCUUCUGCCUCAGUGUCCUUCUGUUCCCAGGACGGCCAAGCUCUGCCAGCUGCCUUGCUCAACAGCCAUUGGCUCACCUUCCUCUCACAGGCUGCCUGAGCACACUCUUCCUGCAAGCAGCUGAAAUCUUCGUGGAGUCUGAGUUGCCACUGAGCUGGGCAAACUGGCUAUGUAGCUGCCUUCGGGGAUCCUGGGCUUGGCUGGUGGUCCUGCUGGCCAUUCUUGUGGAGGUAGCACUAUGCGCCUGGUACUUGACAGCUUUCCCACCAGAGGUGGUGACAGACUGGUGGGUGCUGCCCACAGAAGUACUGGAGCACUGCCGCAUGCGUUCCUGGGUCAGCCUAGGCUUGGUACACAUCACCAAUGCAACGCUGGCCUUCCUCUGCUUCCUGGGCACUUUCCUAGUACAGAGCCAGCCCGGUCGCUACAACCGUGCCCGUGGUCUCACCUUUGCCAUGCUAGCUUAUUUCAUCACCUGGGUCUCUUUUGUGCCCCUCCUGGCCAAUGUACAUGUGGCUUAUCAGCCAGCUGUGCAGAUGGGUGCCAUUCUACUCUGUGCCCUGGGCAUUCUGGCCACCUUCCACCUGCCCAAGUGCUAUGUGCUUCUGUGGCUGCCAAAGCUCAACACUCAGGAGUUCUUCCUGGGAGGGAGCCCCAAGGAAGCAGCAGAUGGGAACAACAGUGGGGGAGGGGUGGUAACAACACACAAUGAGUGACCCCUGACCCACUGAUUAGUGAUCCCUAACCCUAGUAGAGUCCUUCCAAGUCAACAACCCCCAGACUUGAGACUUGAGACACUUAACUAUAGACUGACUCCAAGUUAUCCACUGACCUUAGCUCCACAGUGACCCCCAGGCCUAUAAUGUGCAAAAUGGAUCCUAUGAUCCCACCUAUCCUUCAAAGGCAAGAUCAUCCUUGAUCCUUUUAUGCCCUACCUAAGGGCUUUCCAGGUGACUGGAAUCCAUUAUCUUAGAAAGUGGACCACAAAGUGUUCUUUGGGACUCCAUAGUCAUAUCUUGAAUUCAAGAAUGCCCUAGGCAGACCCUGGGAGAGCAGACGGUACUACUUGGCUGAACAUGCCCAGACUGGGCCCUCAGCACCCUGACCAGGCAUCCCAGAAAUAAAAGGCUGGGCAUAUGCAUGUACUGGGACAAAGUAAGAAAGCUAGCAGGCAGAGGGCACUCAAGAGGUAGGCAACAUCCAGCCUCCUUCUCCCUUCCUGGCCCAGCCCUAGCCUAUAGGAGAGAACCAAGUCACUGCUAGCACCUUGGACAGAGCAUAAGCAAGGGUAAGGGUCAGCACCAUAGCCAGCACCCCCCCCCCCAC